ACAAAAUCCUCAAUCCCUCCCAAGAAGGAGAAAUCACACACUGAAAAUGUGCUGCAACUCUGCUGUGAUAAUUCCCAGACCCGACCCAUGCUUCUCCUUCUUACCCACCCGACCCGACAUAAUUCCCUUUCCAGCCUCGGUAUCUUUCCGAAUCAGAACCGUUUUCCAUCAUGGACCAUCCAAGUCGAUCCCAAACGACACCGUUCAGUUCUCUGGCUCCGAUCCUGCCACUUUAUAUGAUUUACUGGGCAUACCCAAGACUGGAACCCUUUUGGAAAUUAAACAAGCGUACAAGCAGCUAGCUCGGAAGUACCACCCCGAUGUUUCGCCACUCGAUCGGGUCGAGGAGUAUACCAAGAUGUUUAUACGGGUCCAGGAGGCAUAUGAAACGCUGUCGGAUCCUAGGAGAAGAGCUUUGUAUGAUCGGGACAUGGCUAAGGGAAUCCACUUGGCUUUCUCUGCUCGUAGGUUUUUCGAAUUCGAUGAGCAAAUGGAGGACAAAAGUGAAUGGAAGAGCCGUUGGCAGUCGCAACUUUCCCAUCUCAAGAAAAGAAGCAUGUACAAAGACUCUGGUGAUAAUAUGUCUUGGGGAGCAAAAAUGCGCAGGCAAAGGAAUGAAUCAUCUUAAGAACUGCUAUAUAAUAUUUGAUAAGGUAGAGACAGUGUUGAAUAGUAUUAGCGAAGAAAAAUAAGUUAAAAUUUGUUCUUUGUACUUUCCACUACCAUUGAAAACUACGUAACAAAAACAUUAGACCUAAUGUUUUUGUUACGAAUGUAUAUAGUUUUACAGUUACAUUCUUCUUGGAAAAUAUAGUGAAAUAGAACUAUAUUAGAGAUUACCUUUGUAUACAGUCUAUAUAUACCAAGCAUAUUAUAGGCAAGAUAUAUGUACUUGUAUUUAAACACACUUUUUUGCAUACUUGAGCUUUUGGUUUCUCCUAAA